AUGGAUAUCAAAAGGGUAGGAGCGACUCCAUGGUAUUUCACGGAAGUAUAUGCUAGCCUAGACCCUACAAAAAGAAAUGAGCUUUGGCAAGAACUGAAGGAUUUUUCAAAUACUAAUAAUAAACCGUGGUUAGUUGCGGGGGAUUUUAAUGAAACGAGGUUCUCGUGGGAGAGAAGCUCUAGCUCUUCUGAAACCCAUCGUCGGGAAACUUUAUUUAAUGAAUGGGUUCAAGACAUUGGACUCUUAGAGAUUGAGUUUAGUGGCCCAGCUCAUACGUGGUCAAGAGGGAAAAAUAUUCACACAUACACAAGUGCAAGACUGGAUCGUGCUUUUUGUAAUGGGGACUGGAGUCUACAGUUUGCUAAUGCUGCUUCAAAAAACCUCCUAGCUAUAGGAUCAGACCAUUGCCCGGUUUUAAUUGCUCCUAAUGGCUUUGCCCCGAUUUCAAAUGUUAAUAAACCUUUUAAAUUCCAAGCCGCAUGGUUGACCCAUGAAAAUUUUCGGAGCUUUAUUGAGGAAAAGUGGGAUAAGAAUGCACCGUUGAUCCCUCACCUAGAAAAAAUAGCCAAUGAUCUCCAAGAUUGGAAUAAAAAAAUAUUCCAUAAUAUUUUUAGAAAGAAGAGGAUCCUUCUUGCGCGUAUUGGGGGUGUACAGAAAUGUUUGGCACAACAAAAGUCUAGAGACAUAAUUAAAUUGGAAGCAAAGUUAAGGAAAGAACUGGAUGAAGUGCUAGAGCAAGAAGAACUUCUUUGGUACCAAAAAUCCCGAGUGGAGUGGAUUCAAGAUGGAGAUAGAAAUACUACUUUUUUCCACUUGAGCACGAUUGCAAGGAGGUGGAGGAACAAAAUUAGUGCCAUUAAAGAAGAACCGGAGAGUGAUUGGAUUCAUGAUAAAAACCGAGUGCAAGAAGUAAUCGUUAAAUAUUUUCAAGACUUAUUUUUGGCAGAAGGGGAGUUGGAACAAGGAUCCCUGCCAACUGAUAUAUUUCCUGAGUUCACCUCUCGUGACUGGAAUAAUUUAUUAAGACCAUUCACACAAUGA